ACAUUUACCGAAACCGUUCAGUGGACUGAAAAAAUUCCAACAUGUCUUUCCUUCCGUUUCGAGAAGUGUGAACAGUCAACAUGAAAGCUAAGGGACAGUUAAAGGAAUAUGAAGUCAUUGGGCGCAAAUUGCCCACAGAAAAGGAGCCACAAACUCCGCUGUACAAAAUGAGAAUUUUUGCACCGGACAACAUUGUGGCCAAAUCCCGAUUUUGGUAUUUCUUGCGUCAACUGAAAAAGUUCAAGAAAACCACCGGAGAAAUCGUCUCACUGAAGCAGGUCUAUGAACGCUCUCCGAUCAAAAUUAAGAACUUCGGCAUCUGGUUGCGUUAUGAUUCCCGUUCCGGAACACACAACAUGUACCGCGAAUACCGUGACUUGACCGUUGGCGAUGCAGUCACUUCUUGUUAUCGGGAUAUGGGAGCACGUCAUCGUGCUAGAGCUCACUCGAUUCAGAUCAUUAAAGUGGAGGCAAUUGCAGCCAGCAAAUGUAGACGCCCGCAUGUCAAACAAUUCCACGACUCAAAGAUUCGAUUCCCACUCGUACAGAGAGUGCACCACAAAGGAUCCAGAGCAUUGUUCUCAUUCCGCAAACCGAAGACAUAUUUCUUGUAAUAUGGUGGACGCGAUGGACUUUUUCUUAAUUCUGGAGAAGCGAUUUUUGUGAUUUGGAAAUUAAAAUCUUUUUCCAAAAA